AUGGUACAGAUGGGGCUUCGUCAAAGGGGUGGAGAUGAGACUCGACAAGAAUUUCUGUAUAAAGUGCUUGUCAUUGGAGAACUUGGUGCAGGGAAGACUUCUAUCAUCAAGAGAUGUGUGCAUCAGUUCUUCUCGCAACAUUACCGAGCAACUAUAGGAGUGGACUUUGCACUCAAAAGACUUGAAUGGGAUGAUAAGACUUUGAUAAGGGUGCAAUUAUGGGACAUUGCAGGGCAGGAGAGGUUUGGGAACAUGACACGCAUCUACUACAAGGACGCAGUUGGUUGCUUUGUUGUCUUUGAUGUCACACGAACAGCAACUUUUGAUGCUGUGCUCAAAUGGAAACGAGACCUGGAUAGCAAAGUCCAGCUUCCUGAUGGCUCUCCUGUCCCAUGUGUCCUCCUUGCCAACAAGUGUGAUUUGCCAAAGGAAGGGACUGUGACAGAACCUGCAAAAAUGGAGGAGUUCUGCAAGGAGAAGGGAUUCCUGGGGUGGUUUGACACAUCUGCAAAAGACAACAUUGGCAUUGAUGAAGCCUUGCAUUUUCUUGUCUCUAAGGUCCAGGCAAUAAACAUUUGGACCAUGCUGGAGCCAGAUUCACCUGACCGAAUAGCCCUCUCUCCUGUGGACUCUGGGAAUAAGCCCCAGUCUUCUAGGUAC